GUUGAACCGUAACGUACCUCCUCGUCGGUCCUCAGCCUUUGAGUUCACAAUGAGCCUUCAUAUCCUCCAGAAUAGGAUCGACACAUUUACAAAGUCAAGGCGUAACAAAGCCUCCUCGAAAUCGACCAACAACCUCAAAUGGCCUCAUCCAUCUCAUUACAAGGCAACACCACAGAAAUUGGCCGAGGCAGGAUUUUUUUUCGACCCGAGUCCAGGCGACAAAGAUAGCGUUACAUGUUAUAUGUGCAAUAAGCAGCUUAGUGAGUGGGCGGAGGAGGACGAUCCAUUCGAGAUUCAUUUCGAGAAAUGUGGGAAGAAAUGCGGAUGGGCCAGCGUGAAGUGUGGAUUUGUGGAAGACAAGGAUGGAACCGACGGCUUUGCCUUCAAGGACAAGAACCGUCUACCCACGUCCAAGGCCAUGGAGAAAGCGCGUUUACUGACAUUUAUCUGGGAGGACCAAUGGCCACACGAUAAAGCUAACUAUCAGUCAGUGAACUCUAAGAGUAUGGCGCGUGCCGGUUUUAUAUAUGUACCAACUGAGCAGGGCGAUGACGCAGUUGAAUGCAUGUAUUGCGAUGUAUCCUUGUCUGGGUGGAACAAAGAAGACGAUCCAACCGAAGAACAUCGGAAGCGCGCCAAAGCGCUUUGCCCAAUGUUCCCCGACAUUGGUACAGGUUCGCUUAAAGCCUCCACCUCGAAAUCGAAAUCCAAACAGAAAUCUAUACAUAUGGAAGUCUUGAUGCCUACAAAGGAUUAUGAUGGCCAGGACGAUGAGGAGGUCCCAACUGCACAGAAAAUGACUUCUACCAGCAAGACUCCUCGCAAACCCAAAUCCACAGCGAGAGGAGCGAAAACCCCUGCGGCCCGUGCCCGUAGCACAUCGCGGUCAAGACAAGUUCCAGUUGAUGAGGAGGAAGAGGAGGAGGAGGAGGAGGAGGACCCCUCUCGUGGAGUCACACCCGCUCCCCCUCCUAAAUCUCAGAAAAAACCUACCACUACCCAUAAACGAACGCGGUCACGGUCAAAGUCUGCAGCCCCGCCUCAGACCGAUACGGAUGAAGAUGCUGUCACCGCGCGUGCGACUAGGACAAGAGGAAAGUCUAAGGGUAUUGGAGAGACGGAGAGCGAUGAUCAGAGUAGCAAGGCCAAACCCCAGCGAGUUCGUUCAAAGUCGAAAGCACGGGUGUCUGUCAUUCCCGAAGACGAUGCAGCGGAGAGAGAAGACGUCAAAGAUGACGAAGAGGAGCCCAAUCUAGCUCGGAAGGCGAAGGGCAAAGAGACGAAGGGCAAUGCGAAAGUCGCUACUUCCGUACCAGCAGAAACGCCGGAUGAUGACCCUGCUCCACGGACACGCAAAACCUCGAAGGCACCAAAGCCUGACUCCACGACUGCGUCGAAGGCCGCCCAGCUAGAGAGUUCAGGAACAAGUACAUCAAAGAAACCAUCGAAUCACAAAAGGACCGCAUCCUCUACCUCGAAGGGUAAAAGUCGUGCUAUUCCAUUGCAAGCUGUCGAGUCCGACAACGAGUCGGAUAUGCGCGUGGAGGAUAUACAACCAACCACUCAAUUGCCACCGCCCGCCAAGAAUAAAACAACCAAACCCAAACCCAAAUCGAACCUUGCAGCGUCUAGAGUCGAGCAAGAAAUGGAUCUGGAUACUGAGGUGGUCGACUCAGCUGAUCCCCUCGACUUGGUACCUCCACCGUCAAAGACACGACCACCUAGUAGAAGCAAGGUUAAAGCUUUGGCGUCGCGAUACGAAUCAGAGGAACCUCCGGCCCCGAAACCCCACAAACCCCAGCAGCCCUCCCAUACCACCGAUAAUAAUAAUGCUGUACGCCUUCCUUCCCAACGUGCGGCGGCGGCGGUCAAGUCUGCGUCGUCAAAACCUGCGUCUGCUCAUGAACGGAACCCAAGUCAUAGCAGGAGUGGGAGUGAUUGGGAAAGGAGGGAGGUUGAUAUGGAGUUGCAGCUUGUAGAGAUAUCCUCGAAUGAGGAGGACGAGAAUGGUGUUAAAACGCCCUCGCCGAAGAAGCCGAAACGGAAGGUUAAGAAGAUGACAACGCAGGAGGAGGAAGAGAAGGAGAACAAAAGGGGUGAGGUUGAACAACCGAAAGAGAAAGAGAGAGUAGAGGUACAGCAUAAUGUCCAUGAGGCGAUCGACCUUAGGAAGAUGGACACUCAUGCGGACGAUCGACCUCUGUUGAAGAAAUCUGAUUCCAAGGAAAAGCGGGUAGAGGAGACGGUGGAACACGACCCGAUGCCGCCGAUAAAGGACGUUGAGAUGGCCGACUCUCAGGACGAGUUCCCUCCUGUUGGUGUACAGAUCCCCGUCGGGAGGCCAGUUACUCCUCCGAUUGUUUCCAUGACUCCGUCUUUCCCCCCAAAAACACCAUUCAUUCCUGGGACGAAAGGUCAGACGAACGUACCUCCUACUCCUGGUGUCCAGUUCUUCCCUCCUCUCUCGAAAGAACCUUUUGUCAACCUCGAAACGUUGAGCAACGAGGAGCUGGAUAUGACUGUAGAAGAGUGGAUACGGUAUCAAAUGGGUAUUGAGUAUGAGAAAUUCAGGAAGGAUGGCGAGAAUGAGUUGGCUGCGUUCCAGAAGAGGGCUGAUGAAGUUAGGCGGACGAUUGAGGCGCUUUGAUUAUUAUUACGCAUGAUUUACUA